AUGUCGGAUCCACGCUACACCAACGGCGCCGAUGCUGAUGCGUCUGGCUCAGCAGCCUGGCAACAGCAGCAACAGCCUUCCGGCUCUUAUCACGCUCAUCGCUCUAAUGCCGCUCACUCCGAAGGCAACACCUCCUCCUACCACUCCAAUCCUGCCGACAACAUGGACGACCUCAACCGUGCUGCUGCAGACAUGAGUGUUGCUGAAUCUUCCCGUUCGGUCGCCGCUGCUGGCGACUCCCAAGUACGCUUUCAACAACCCUCAGGCUCCACUAUCCUAGCCAGCGCUUCCAUGACACCCUCGCGUUCACAAAACCCCAGCACAGGCUCACAGGUCAGCGCGCCGCGCAAUUCGGAUGAAUACGCACAGCAAUCAGCGUUACAGCCAUCUACAUCUUCCAAUGGCGUGGCACCCGAUGCCAACAGCUCGCGAAAUCGUGCGGACAUGGACAGAAUCAAGAGCCGCGCCGUCGAUCCUGGCUGGAGCUGGGAAAGAGAACGCGAAAAGUACGAGGCCGGCGGAUCGCUUCGUUCCAACAGCAUCGAGUCGAGGCCCAGCCUGCCUUCGCGUGGCUCUUCUCGACCCACACCUCGUCUCGACACAAGCGGCGCAGUAGCAAGAGUCAAAGAUGGCUCAGACCCUGGCUCUGCCGGUCGCUCGGGCAUCUCAUCCAACGUCGCCUCGCCGCAGACCCUUCAAGCGCCUCCCAACGCUAUCACUGGUACAGCGCAGCAGCGUGCAGCUCCGCCAGUUGCCUCGCAGAAUGCAGCCCCCACCGCCGCAACCAGCAGUCAAACGAGCGCCGUCGCUCCCAGCCAAGACCAGCCAAAACCGAACCAGACAGCAUCCAACACUGGCAGCUCGAGGCGGCGCGAUCAGACGUGCCAAGCAUGCGGCAAAGUUAUGACCGGCCAAUUCGUCCGAGCGCUCGGCAGCGUCUACCAUCUCGACUGCUUCCGCUGCAAUGACUGUAACAAGGUCGUCGCUGCCAAGUUCUUCCCCGCCACCGACGACAUGGUCGACUCGUCCGGCACAGGCCGUCUUUUCCCUCUUUGCGAGACCGACUACUUCCGCCGCCUCGAUCUCAUCUGCGCCAAAUGCAGCGGCGCGUUGAGAGGAAGCUACAUCACUGCACUCGGCAAAAAGUUCCACGUCGAACACUUUACCUGCUCCGUCUGCCCCACCGUCUUCGGCCCGCAGGACAGCUACUACGAGCAUGACGGCAACGUCUUUUGCCACUUCCACUACAGCACGCGCUUUGCCAUCAAGUGUACAGGAUGCAAGACCGCCAUUCUCAAGCAAUUUGUCGAGAUCAACCGCAACAACACCGACGAGCACUGGCAUCCCGAGUGCUACAUGAUCCACAAGUUCUGGAACAUCAAGCUGUGCCCGACCGGGUCCACACCCAAGGAUGGAGCUGCAGCUCUCGCAGAGGUGGCCGCGGACGGCCAGACAGAAAGUCCUGUCGUCCAACAAGCCAGCGGUCAGGUGGAAGCGGUCGGAUCGGCGCCAGGCCAGACCGCUCCUUCGCGUGCUGAGCCGUCACCAGACGCGACCGAGAUCGAGGCUACGGAAACGCCGUCCAGUCUCAAGCAAAAGCAGAAGCAGAUGGAGGAACGCGUCUACCGCAUUUGGACGGUGCUGUCCGCUUUCGAAGAGAGCUCGGCGGCCUGCAUCUCCGAGAUGCUUCGUCACGUCAGCAGCGGCCGCUAUCUCGGCGGCGUGCGGAUGGCGGAGAAGUUCAUCUUGCAUGUCGAGAUCCUCUUCUCUGCCAUCGACGACCUGGAAGCCAACUUCCGCAAAGAGGAGGCAAAGGGCAUAUCGCACAUCCGUGAAGCAAGGAUGCUCUGCAAGAAGAUCGUCAACUUCUUUUCGCUGCUUUCUCACACGCAAGAAACUGGCGCAAGAAGGAUGGGCAUCACGCAGGAGCUUCUCUCGCUCGUUACGGGUCUCGCGCACUAUCUUAAGAUUCUCAUCCGCAUUGCACUCACAGGCGCGCUCAAGCUCGACCGCGAGUUCUUCAACGAAGAGGCCUUGCAUUGGUUCCUCAGUCAGCUCGCCUUCUCCGCCAAGCUCGGCAGCAUCACCGCCGACGACAAGCAGGGCACCCAGGCCCCCAAUACCAAUACGGUCGGUCCCGAUGGAAAGUGGUACGGCUACCGCUCCCUGCCCCGAUCUACUAGUUCUGGGUCCAACGACAACGGCGAAGCGGCCACCGAUCUCUGCGUGGCAUGUGGCUCCACCGUCGAGGAAGAAUGUAUGCGCAUGGGCGUCAAUCUGCGAUGGCACUCCAACUGUCUCAAAUGCACGUCCUGUCAACGGCCUGCUCUGCGCGAAGGCGCAUCCACGCGCAAGCAACCAGACCCCGUGCCCGGUGCACCAGACGCAUUGCCUGCUUCGCAGUUCGGCCUCGACACGAAGCGCAAGCAGCAAGUCGGAGGUGCUGAGACGCAGAAUGGCUCUCGAUCGUUGUCUGCAGGCUCGUGGUCGCAUGCCUGCUUCUGCCCUGGAUGCACUGGCGGUAUGCAGCUGCGUACAGGCUUCGAAUCGGUCACCAGGCUGGAACAGUACGCCUUCCUCUUGCGAGUGGCGCUCAACCGUCUCUUUGCGCUGCUCCGCAAGCGCGGCGUGGUUCCGCCAUCGCCUCCCGUGGCAGCAUCACGUCAGAUCGGGGAAGGCGAAGCAUCCACUUCCGGCGCAGUGGCACCAGGUGAAGGAGAAGAGGAGCUGUCGAUGCACGAAGCUUACCGCGACUCGCAGGACAUCAAGCGCAUGAAGUCGGUCAACCUCAAUCGCAAGUUGUCGACAAAAGCAAAGGUGCCACGCAUCUCUACUGUGGUGGGCAGUCCGUCAGGUCGACAGACACAGACGUCGGACAUGCAGCGAUCGUCGCCCUCCGACACCGGCCUGCAGGGUGACAGCAGGCACUCGCCACGCCAGACCAGUGCUAACUCCUCGCCGCAGGAUGCUAGCUCGCCCUUCCAGCGCGCCUCGUCUCGCACUCCUUCGCCGGCCAGUCAGGCACGACAAGCACAGCAGCCGCAAGGAUACCAGCAGCAGCCACAGCAGCCACAGCAGGUCUUCCAACCCGUUCAGCAGCAUCUUCCGUUUGCGCUGCCUCCUCACCAGCAACCGCCUCAGUUCGGCGUCGGAUCCUCAGGUCGUGCCGGAUCGCCUCCGAACUUGGAGCCAGGCUCCAUCGUGCCCAUUCGACCUGCCUUUGCACGCCACAACACGGAUGUCAAGAUUCGCGAGGAUGGACCGAUGCGACAGCCAUCGGGUGAUGACACGCAGCGCGACACCAGAAGCGAGGACGGCAUCACGCUCGCUGACAUUCCGCACAUCUUGGAGGCCGAGCAGGCACGAGAGCAACACCGACCCCUGCCGAGCGAAGGCGCGCGUUGCAUCUCGGAGCUGUCGGCGCUCGAGCUGUUCAUCGUCAAGCACAUGGCCGUGAUGUACCUUCAGCAGUCGGCCUUGCGAGACCACGUCAACAUGGACGACCUGAUCGAGUUCAUCGAGACGCGCAAGAACACGUUCUGGGGCAAGUUCUUCAAAGGCGGCAAGGACAAGAAGGAGAUCAAGAAGAAAGGUGUGUUUGGCAUCCCUCUCGAGAUCCUCGUCGAGCGCAACGGUGCCGAUUCGACCCUGGGUGCAAGCGCCGCGCAUCUGCGUGUACCAUCGUUCAUCGACGACGUCAUCUCGGCCAUGAAGCAGAUGGAUCUCUCUGUCGAAGGCAUCUUCCGCAAGAACGGCAACAUUCGUCGCCUCAAGGAGUUGUCGGAAGCGCUCGAUCGCGACAGCUCGUCCGUCAACCUGCUGGACGACAACCCCGUGCAGCUCGCCGCGCUGCUCAAGAAGUUCCUCCGCGAGCUGCCGGACCCGCUCAUGACGUUCAAGUUGCACAAGCUCUUUGUCAUGUCGCAGAAGCUCGAGUCUGAAGCCGAGCGACACCGCAUCCUACACAUGGUGACCAUCCUCUUGCCCAAGGGCCAUCGCGAUACGAUGGAGGUGCUGUUCGCGUUCCUCAAGUGGGUGGCGUCUUUCUCGCACAUCGACGAGGAGACGGGCUCCAAGAUGGACCUGCCCAACCUGGCCACGGUGGUCUGCCCGAACAUCCUCUACAGCAAAGGCACCGAUCCUACGAAGGACGAGACGUUCCUGGCCAACCGCGCCGUGUCAUACAUGCUCGAGCAUCAGGACGAGAUCUGGAAGGUGCCGGAGGAGCUCGAAGCCGUGUUGCAGGACAAGGACCUGAUGAACGCCUCCGCGGACCUGACGUCGCGGGACAUCCUCAAGAAGUGCGAGCGCCUCGUGCGACAACGGCAGCAGCGCGGAGGUGUUGGAAUGGGUCGCAAUGGCAGUGGGACCGGUGGACCAUUGCACUCGGGCGAGAUGCAGAACCGCCACCGACCCGACGUACACCCGCCGACGACGAUGCGCCAGGUCCAACAGCAACGCGAGCAGAUGAUGCAGCAUCGUCAAUUCUCUAACGGCGCUAUCCCGGCUCCGGUGGGCAUCGACUAUUCGCGCAGCCCCGACACCCAAGGCCCUCCUUGGUCGGCCGGCGCUGUACCAGGCGCUGGAUUCGGCGCGAGCCCCACCGACCGCGCCCCGCUCAGCACGACGCCGCAGAAACAGGGCUAUGCAGUCGCGAAUGGCCACGGCAACCAGGGCUACUAUCCGCCACAAGGACAGCAGCAGAUGAUGCGCGGCCAGAACUCUGGCCAAGGAUACCCGCAGCCGCAGCAGAGCAGCUCCCAGGAUCACCCAUACAACCGCUUCUACAGGGGCAAUGGGGGUGGGGGCAUUGAGCAGAACAUCAGUUAG